UUGACUUGAAAUAUUUCACCAGUCAAAAAUUGAAAAUCUCGCUCCAUUUUCGAUAUUCGGACGUUAGUUGACGACUUUGUGACUUUGUCUUGAUUUUUUCUGAGGAGUUUCCAAUUGAUGAAUAGUGUAUUUUCAUCCCCAAAACAUGCAGCAAGAGUGGAGGAACGACGACUACACACGGGAUCGUCUGGACGACCCAGCAGCGAAACGGCCCCGUUACGAGACGACCAGCGCCCAGUACGGGAACGGGCAUGCGUAUCCGUCGCAGCAGCCCGUGCAGCAGGCAGGGGGCCGGGGAGACGCCUCGUUUGAGGACCGCGCGAACCCGCAGCCGUCCCCCGUCGUUCACAUUCGCAGCGUCCCUGAGACGGCCACGGAUAACGAAAUUAUGGACGCGGCGUCUAAAUAUGGCGCAGUUAGGUGCGUUUUUGGUAUUCAGAAGAAACGCAUGGCUCUUGUGGAGUUUGUGGAUAUGAAUGACGCCAUCCGCUUGGUGAAGAGUCAAGGGUUGAACAUUGCUGGCGUGGAUACGCAGGUGAAUUAUUCCACAAGCCAGAAGAUCAACAAACCAGAGGACCCGCCCAAGAAUAUCCUUCUUAUGACGGUUCUGAACGCACGCUAUCCGAUUGAUGUCGAAGUCAUCCAUAAAAUCAGCCAGCCACACGGCCAGGUGAUCCGCAUCGUUAUCUUCCGUAAAGCCGGCCAAGUGCAGGCCAUGGUGGAGUUCGAUUCCGUGGAUUCCGCGGUGCGAGCCAAAUCCUACCUGAACGGCGCCGACAUCUAUUCCGGCUGCUGCACACUGAAGAUCGAGUUCGCGAAAAUCGCUACGCAAACACUGACCGUCGUGCGCAACGAUAAGGACACCUGGGAUUACACACGGGAAUCACUGGGGGAGCCAGCACGACCACCGCCGCUGCUGGAGAAACCGGCGGAUAUGCCGCCCGGCCAUUAUGGCGAUCCGUACGGGAAUCGCGGCUACCAGCCCGCCCCGGCCUAUGAUCAGCGGGCGCCGUACGGCGACCAGAGCCGGCCGACCAGCUACGACCAGUACCAGCGUCCGGCGCAGCCCGUGGCGCAGGGAGCGUACGAUCGCGGCGGAUAUGAUCGACGCACACCGCCGCCGCACGGCCAGUCCUAUCCGCCGGUGGAUCCCCGGGGGCGUGAAUAUGAACGCGGUGGAGCGCCGCCGCCGCAGUACGACAGCUACGGCAGCCGUCAGGAACGACGCGAUCAGUACGGCGGUCCGCGGGAUGAUCGCUACGACAGCCGCAGCGGUGGAGGAGGCCGGUAUGAGGAGCGCGGACCGCAGAGCGGCACUCGCUACGGCCAGCCGGGGGGCGCCCAGGAGUCCAGCGGCGCCGUGGUAAUGCUGUACGGACUGAAUAUGGAUAAAUUCAACUGCGACCGAUUGUUCAAUCUCUUCUGCAUGUACGGCAACGUGAUGCGGGUGAAGUUCCUGAAGAGCAAAGAAGGCUCAGCCAUGAUCCAGAUGGGCGACACGAUCUCCAUGCGGCGGGCCAUUGAGAAUCUGCACGGGAUUACCGCGUUCGGGUCGAAGAUUCAAGUGACGCAAUCGCGGCAGCCGUCGUUGAACGAUGUGCCCAAUCCGUACACGCUGCCGGACGGGACGCCGUCGUACAAGGACUACAGUAACGCGCGCAACAACCGCUUCAGCACGCCGGAACAGGCCGCCAAGAACCGCAUCACGGCGCCCACCAAGUGUCUGCACUUCUUCAACGCCCCCGCCGGCUCCGACGAGGCCGAGGUGGAGGACGUGUUCGUGCGCACCACGGGCCGGAAGCCGGACACGCUGAUCAUGAUGAAGGGCAAAUCGGAGCGCAGUGAGUCGGGAUUCGUGGAGUAUGAGACACUGGAGGCGGCUGUCGAAGCGCUGGUGCAAGUUAAUCACACGGAAUUGCCCAACAAGAGCACGCAGAAGGGCGCUUUCCCGUACAUCUUCAAAGUGUGCUUCACGACGCCCAACGUGCACACUGCCCGCCGCGAGGGGGGCGGCGCCAUGGGUGUGGCGGGCGGCGGCCAUCCCGGGAGCAACGGAUCGCAGUCGUCGUCGCAUCCGCCGCGACGGAACACGUGAAAGCGGACGGUCACCUGGAGUUUUUUGUUAAAGCUGUUGUUAUUGCGUUUCUCUCAUGAUUCGAACUAGUACUGAGCCACUGUACACCUGUAUAGUAAUCGCUGCUUAUUCGUUAUUGGUAUUCUUUUCUGCAGCGUAUUAAUGUGGCGUUUUUGGGAGAAAAUUGCGCGGUCACCGCGGUAGAUUUCGAUUUUUGUUACCUUUUUCUUUGUGUGAAUAUUAUCACGCUUGCUGUUUUUUUUCGGGGCAUUUUUGCGGGCAGAGUUGAUGGACAAGUAGAUGCUAGCGUUAACUUACGUUCGUGUCAAGGAAUUAUUUGGUAUUUUAUGUCCGCUUGCGGGAAUAAAACUUGGCGGAUUUUUGAAGGAUUUCUCGGUGUUA